AUGGAAUGCGAUCGGUUGAUGGAUGAAGGGAACUCGCAAGAUGACCAAUGUCAUCUGCAACAGCACCAGCCACAAGUGCACAAUAAACGUGAACGUCCACAAAUUCGAUUGUCUUUGUGGCACGAUUUAACGGGUGGUUUCAAGAGUGUUUUUCACGGCGAAGUGAAGAUUUUGUUGAACGACGUUACGAUGAAACCCGAAGGAGAACAUUCUGGUCCGCAAUGGUUUGUUUUUAUAAAUUGUUCGUGA